UCCUACUGUAUUAUUGACUGUAUGUUUGUUUAUUCCAUCUGUGUUGUUGUAUGUGUCAAUCUGCUGUGCUUUAUCUUGGCCAGGUUGUUCUCAACUAGCCCAACUGGUUAAAAAAAAAAAAUCCACUUCCCAUGAGAAGCCAGAUAUAACACAAUUGAGGGGUGCUCUGUUCCUAAGAGACACACACAGGACACUUCAAAUUUAACAAUUCGGGUGAGACGCAACACACGUUUCUUCUGAUCCUUAGAAGCACAAAAAAAUCUAAACAAGCCCGCCUCUCGUGAUCCUCAUAGCCUUCACUCUACCCAGCACUCUCUCCAUCAAUUUGGAUAUCUCAAAUGUAUUCCUCUAGAUUGGUAAUUCGAUCAACUGCUCCUCGUUAAUAAACCGUACUCCUACAUGAUACGAAAUGACAUUCUCAUCACGGUACACUACUUUGUUCCGUUUCCCAUUAUUUCGGUCAAUGUUCCAAUUAUCCUUGAUUCUACAGCAAUUAGAUUCAGAAUCCACUUCCGCCAUCUUUUCCUCUCAAAACCCGCUCAGAGUCCCUGUGAUCAGUGUAUGGGCGUCGUUGGGGUAAAACGUGCUAGUAGGAUAACGCCGGAUGUUGAUGGUGGGACCAGAAAUUAACAAACCAUCACAUCUUUCUUUCCAUCCUCUAUCUUUCUCUCCAGAGCCUGCUGUACUCAGCCUGUUGGUGAAGUGAUAGCUAGCUAAAGAAAAAUGCCGGAGUCCCGAUAUCACUGGUCAGGGGAAGAGGUGAAUGCCAUCGUCUCAAUAUGGUCAGACGAGGCAAUACAGCGUGCAUUACGUUCGUCUGACUCAGAGUAUCGAGGUGCCGCCAAGGUGUACCAUGAGAUCUUUGUGCGCCUUCGCAAAUUAGGUUAUAAGGGAACCGUCCAGCAAUGUCGUGACAAACUAAAAAAACUAAAGGGUCAGUACAAAGAAAUUAAGUCAAACGGUCCCGACCGCCGGAGUUAUUUUCCACCAUCAUGGUUCGAUGCCAUGGACGCUGUACUGGGACAGCGACUCAGAAAGCCAGUACUGAGAAGUAACAAAGCCACCGUCUCACAAAAAAACGACAAAUUACCAUCCAGUUGGACACCUGAUGAACUUCCACAAACUUCAGGGUCUGGGGUGAGAACUUCAGCUUCUAGGCUGUUGGAGUUGACUGAUUCCUCUGAAGAAUAUGAGGAAUCUGGAUACCACUGGUCGUCUAAGGAGGUUCAGGCAUUGUUAACACUCUGGGCAGAUAAGAUAGUACAGAAGCACCUCCUCUCCUAUAAAAACGAGCACGUCUAUGCCAAAUUUAGUUCAGAGCUUGCCGCCCUGGGUUUUAAAAGGACGUCGAAGCAGUGCAGACAAAAGAUACAAAUACUGAAAAAGGAACACAAAAAAAUCAAGGAUAACAAUAACAUGAGUGGUUCCAUCUAUCGUGAAGAGAAUUGGUUUGCCAUCAUUGAUAGUGUCCUGUGUCACCAACCAAGUACUUUGGAGUCUGGGGUGAUAAAUUCAGAUGCCAAGCUUUUGGGGUCGCCUGAUUCCCAACAAGAAAUGGGAGAUUCUAACAAAUCUCCAUCCAUUUGGACACCUGAUGAGGUCCAUGGUCAACAGUCAGAAACCUCAGGGCUUGGGGUGAUAAAUGCAACUAAUCUACUGUUUGAAUCGACUCCUGAUUCCCCUGUAGACGAGGAACAUAUUGAGGAAUCUGGAUACCACUGGUCGCCAAAGGAGAUUCAGGCAUUGUUAACACUCUGGGCAGAUGGUAGUGUUCAGAAGCAGCUUCUCUCCUAUAAAAACGAGCAUGUCUAUGCCAAAUUUAGUUCAGAGCUUGCCGCCCUUGGAUUUAACAGGAAAUCUAAACAGUGCAGAGACAAACUAAAAAAGCUGAAACAGGAAUAUAGAAGAGUCAAGGAUGACAAUAACAAGAGUGGUUCCAAUCAUCAUGGAGAAAGAUGGUUUGCCAUCAUCGAUAGUGUUCUCUGUCACCAACCAAGUACUUUGGAGUCUGGGGUGAUACAGUCAGAUGCAAUGCUUUUGGAAUUAACUCAACCCAAUUCCCCACAAGAAGUGGAGGAUUCUGAUCAAUCUGCAUCCAGUUGGACACCUGAUGAGGUCCAUGGACUCGUUGGUCACCAACCAGGAACUUCAGGAGCUGAGGUAAUACAUUCUGCUACUAUGCUGCUGGAAUUGACUCAACCGGAUUCCCCUGUAAAAGAGGAACCUUAUGAAAAAUCAGGAUACAGCUGGACGUCUCAGGAGGUCCAUGCAUUGUUAACACUCUGGGCAGAUGAGAGUGUUCAAGAGCAGCUUCUCACCUAUAAAAACGAGCAUGUCUAUGCCACAUUUAGUUCAGAGCUCGCCGUCCUUGGAUUUAAGAAGACUUCAAGGCAGUGCAGAGACAAACUAAAGAAGCUGAGGCAGGACUAUAGACAAAUCAAGUUUGACCAUAACAAGAGAGGUUCCAACCAUUGUAGAGAAAGAUGGUUUGCCAUCAUGGAUAGAGUCCUCUGUCACCAACCAAGUACUUUGGAGUCUGGGGUGAUAAAUUCAGAUGCAAAGAUUUUGGAGUUGCCUGAUUCCCAACAAGAAAUGGAAGACUCUGACCAAUCUUCAUCCAGUUGGACACCUGAUGAGGUCCGUAAUCUCUUUGGUCACCAAACAGGAACUUCAGGGGCUGAGGUGAUAAAUUCUGCUACUAUGUUGCUGGAGUCGACCCAAUCCUAUUCCCCAGAAGUGGAAGAUUAUGAGGAAUCUGGAUACCGCUGGACUUUGCAGGAGGUUCACACAUUGUUAACACUCUGGGCAGAUGAGAGAGUUCAGAAGCAGCUUCUCUCUUAUAAAAAUGAGCACGUCUAUGCCAAAUUUAGUUCAGAGUUCGCUGCCCUCGGAUUUAACAGGACGUCGAAGCAAUGCAGAGAAAAGUUAAAAAAGCUGAAACAGGAAUACAGAAAACUCAAGGAUGAUGACAACAUGAGUGGUUCCCUCUAUCUUGAAGAAAGCUGUUUUGCCAUCAUCGAUAGUGUCCUCACUAACCAAACAAAAGCUCAGGCUUAUUCUUUUCCAGGUGCAGAAGACUUUGGUCCCGGUUUAACUCUGUCCUCACUGCGUCUCCUUGCUCCACCAUUACGCUUGAUGUCAGCAUUCAUGUGGAAAGUGGCUCAGCAGCAUAUUGUAAAGCAUUAUGGGAAGCUGGAGGAGUUUGUGACUUUGAUGACAGAGAUGGUUCCAGAGCUGCUGAGUUCCAGGCAGAGGACCCAACUUCUUCUGGGUCUGAGAGCAAGGCUGGUACUGGAGUUGUGUCUCAGUGAGAGCACAGCUGACCUCGUGACCAUCCAACCUCACCUGGAUAAAAUCCAUUAUUUGACAGAAUACGCUGUACACAAAGAGAGUAAUGAUGAUGAGUUGGAGGCUACAGAGUCUAACUUUGUGGAGUUGGUCCAAACCCUGCUGGAAGACCCGUCUGAGCGGGAGCACUUCUUCCAGGAGGUGUUCCCAGCACGCUAUGGCCCUCGGUAUGACACCGCACUGCAGGUACUGGUGUGGGAGUUCCUCUCCAGAUUGGAGGAGCUGCUACCUGUACCAGACUUCACACAGACAGCAGCAUGGCUUGGUGAUGCCCCCUCUGUCGUGGAGGAAUGUGGAAGCACCAUCUUUGACACUGAAGAGCUGAAGACUCUUCUGCAGCACCAUCAGCAUCAUGGAAACUUGAAAAGAGGUUAUUUCUCUUACUACACUACAGAUACCAUCUUGUCCACACUUUCCCUCCCUCCAACAAUAAGAGUUGUCAUUAGCUCUGAGCAGGCCAGCUCUGACAAAACAAGGUCAUGCUCCGAUGGAGAUGAAUGCUUAAAGAAUGGGAUAGAGAGAGAUGGAGAAGGACCAUUUAAUUGGGGCAGAGAGGAGGAAGAAGAUCAUUUUUAUUUAGAGCAACAAGAGCAGAUUAAUGUUUUACCUGCAGAGAAUUCUGGUCCGUGUAUCCCAGUACCCAGCAACGGAUUGAAUAGUGACAUGGAAUCCCAGGUCCUCGCCUGCUCCCUCUGCUCAUUCUCUCACAGUGAUAUGGCAAAACUCCACCAGCACAUCAGGAUUAGGCAUCGAGGAGAAGACCGAAAGCUUCGACGCCCUAAAGAAUCUGGGACUGAAAAGCACCUUCCCUCAAGCAGAACAAAACUACUUCACCAGCACAUCAGGACUAGGCACCAAGGAGAUGAACAGAAGUGUCAACACUCUGAAGAAUCUGGGACUGAAAACCUUCCCUCAAGCACAACAAUUAUCCCCUAUAGACCCAAUAACAUGACUCUAAGCUGCCCUCAUUGUGGGAAUGUUUACCAAAACCUCAACUCUCUGAAAAAACACAUAAGCAUUCACACAUUUCCAUUCUGUUGUAACCAGUGUGAGAGGAGAUUUUCUACCAGAUUAGGUCUGAAAAGACAUCAGCGAGCUCACACAGGGGAAAGACCAUUCAAAUGCUCUCACUGUGACCGGAGAUUCAUGUGUGCAUAUUCACUCAAAAUGCAUGUACGCACACACACUGGGGAGCGUCCCUACUCUUGCACUAUUUGUGGGAAAACAUCUGUCCAACAUCUAGCAAGACACAUGCGGAUGCAUGCAGGGGAGAAAAACUAUUUAUGUAGCAUCUGUGGUAAGGUAUUCCUUAGCUCAGGAGAACUGAGGCUGCAUACACGAUCGCACACAGGAGAAUGUCCCUACACCUGUGAACAUUGCGGAAGGGGUUUCAAAGCAGCAUGCCAUCUUCAGAUUCAUAUACGAAGAUUUCACACAGGGGAGCGUCCAUACCCCUGCACCCUGUGCACAAAACGUUUUGUCAUUCUCAGGGAACUUAAAAGACACGUGUUAAUUCACACGGGUGAGAAAGGUCACAAGUGCUCCGAGUGUGGGAAGAGUUUUUCUUUAAAGGAAUCUCUGAAAACACAUCUUAAAAGUCAUGGAUUUUAAGACGUUCUAGACAGAUCAUAUUAGUUAUGCAUAAAGUCUUGUAGAAGGUAUUACUUCUUUCCCCCACAGGUCAGGUGUUAUGGGUGGGUCUUAGGAGGCCUGGCUCGCCCUACUGUACCUCUUUUCCCAUCCAAAUAAAAUAUUGAAAUAUUUAUCGUG